CACGAACCCUGGCAGUUCCAGUCCUGAUCCCCUCUCUAUGCCUGUGGUAGCCGUAUAAAGUCGAGAAGCGCAGCCGCUCUGGCCAGGCCGCGUCUCUUCCCCCUCCUUGCGCUCCUACUUCGCACACGACUUUUGCCAGGCCCGUCUCUCGGAUCCAGGUCGCUGCCGCCCACCAUGAACGCAUCAGACAAGAACGAGAACAUCACGGAGAACCAGCCCCAGGGCACCGUGAUCGACCACGAUGUGAAGGGUGCUACCGCCGAGGAGCCUUCCUCUGUCGACUCUCGGGGUUCUCCCACGGAGGAGUACCCUGAGACCGUGGAGGAAAAGCAGCCAAUGGGCCGCCGGAUCUUGAAGGCGUUCAAAACACCUGGCUCGGCCUUGCAGAUUGUCUCCGCCGCGCUGUUGGCUCUGGCCAUUGGUCUGAUCGUGUCGACGCAAGUCGACAAAGUCCCUACUCCGGCUGUCGAGAUCCUCAACAUCCCAGGUGACCUCUGGUUGCGUGCACUUAAAGCUGUCGUUCUCCCCCUCAUCAUCUGCGCCAUGAUCCUCGCCGUCUCCCGUCUCCGUGAUAUGGCCGACGGCAGUGGCAGCAGGCUCGCGAGGUGGACCAUUGGCUACUACGUCCUCACGACCUUCCUCUCCAUUGUCAUGUCCUGCAUCAUGACCGCUUUCGUCUGGGGCCCGCGCUUCAUCGAAGUCAGCGACGACUCGCUCAACAUCAGCGACGCCGACAAGGCUACCGCCGAUGAGAAGGCUGCCAGCGGUGAUGCGAACCCACCUCACAUUGUGGUGAAGACGCUUUUCCGUUCCUUCGUCACCCAGAACGUCUUCUACUCACUGUCCAAUGACGAGCUCCUCGCCAUUCUCAUCAUGGCCUGCGUCAUUGGCUACCUCAUCAAGUCCAAGGAGUCGCUGAUCUACAAGCUGGUUGUCGAGCUGGAGAGCAUGAUUAUGCGCAUCAUCACCUUCCUCAUCAAGGUCGCGCCCAUUGGUGUCUUCUUCCUCGUCCUGUCCAACUUGAUGAAGCUCUCCAUUGCCGAGAUUGGCGCCAACCUCGGUAUGCUGAUCGGUGGUACCCUGGGCACCAUGGCUAUUCACAUCUUUGUGAUCCUGCCAAUCAUCUUCUUCGCGGUCACUCGCCAGAACCCAUACACCUACUGGCUCCGGAUCGCGCCCGCCUGGAUCACUGCCUGGGGUUCUGCCUCGUCUGCGGCGACGCUCCCCGUCACUCUGCGGUGCGCCCACGCCCAGAAGAUCCCCAUCACCGUCUACAAGUUCACCUGCCCGCUCGGCUGCCUGAUCAACAUGGACGGCACCGCCAUCUACUUCCCCAUGGCCGUUGUCUUCCUCGCUGCCACCCAGGGCAAGGUGCUCCAGGGCGUCGACUACGUCAUCAUCGUCGUGCUCGCCACCCUUGCCUCCAUCGGUACGACACCUAUUCCCUCGUCGUCGCUUGUCCUCGUCAUCAUGAUUGCCAACUCGGUCAACGUCGAGGUCACGGGCAUGUACGCCGUCAUUGUCGCCAUUGACUGGCUGCUUGACCGUUUCCGCACGGCCAUCAACGUGUCUGGUGAUCUUUUUGGCUCCAAGAUCGUGGCCAAGCUGAGCAAGGUCGUCGACCCCGAAGGUCUGGUUGACGAGACCAUGGGUCCCCGUGCCGACGCUGACGGUGCUCACCACGCCUAAAGGGGUGGGAAUGUGUAACAUUGGGAAUAAUGUGGUUGUUUCUGAGCGUGCAAAUGAUAUCAUGGUCUUGGUAUUUACUACUAUAAAUGACGAUUCUACAUUGCCGUGCUCGUUUGUCCUGACCCGAGUGCAACUAUGCUGUGUUCACCAACUCGCCCUGAUUUUGCCAUCAGAAUGUAGAAAGCCUUGAACAUGAGCGAUGGCCUUGCCGACAACCUUGCACUUGAAUUUAUGUCCAGAGUAGUUGAGGCUGCAUAAUUAGCCGCCAAAGUGGCAACGUUGGAUGAACACACAAAAGGGGCUUGUUUAUAAACGCUGGUCUGAUUAGCUUAGCUG